AAUAUUAAGCUUACAUAUUCUAUAUGUCUCAGAUAAGAUUCUCUAUUGGCCAGGAGAACAAAACAAAUAUUCCGUGAUAUAAGUUAAGCUAAAAAGACUAAUCUGAGGGGGAACAUCUCGAGUGUAGUCCAUUGAAAUGGCUUUUUAUCAAUUCCGUCGUCUGAUUAAGUGAAUUUUCUCAAGUGCCGCAAAACAAAGCUUUUCAAAAUAAGUUUCCACAUAGUUUCAGUUCGAAUCGGUUGGUCAGUGCUGGAGGUUCAUUCAACAUGUGGCGCAUUGGUUUGGCUUUUAUUCUGCUGGUGGCUGGUCGGCAAAUAUCGGCGGGUAUAGCCCCAGAAGCCCAAAACGCCGUGGAGCCGCCAAAAUGCUACAGUUGCGAGGGAAUAAACUGUCUCCGAACUACGCUCCAAAAUAUGACUGCCAGUUGCACGGAUAAACUGGACGUUUGUGUGACCAUCUUCGAGGAUUAUGCUGUCAGCGAGCGGGGCUGCCUCUCCCAGAUAUCCCUGGCCGGUCAGGCAAAGUGCGAGGCGAAGGAUAAUCAGUGCCUGAAGUGCAGCGGCCAGUUGUGCAACAACAAAGGGCGCAAGGACUUCAAAUGCAUUCAGUGCCUGGGAUCAGAGUCUGCCACUUGCAACAAGGGUGCCACAUCCUCACUAACCGCGACCCAAUGCGGCCUGCCCACCUCCGCCAACUCCUUUUGCUACGUCAAGGUCGUCGGAGAGCACCUGCAGCGGGGCUGCUCCUUGACUGUCAAGGAGCAGAAGUCCUGCCUGGCCGAUAAGGACUGCUCCCUUUGUUCCCCAGAAGACUCCAGCGACGGCGUGGCCUGCAAUGCCUUUGAUUUGACCGUCGGGUCAAAGUCGGGUGCCAGCCAAGGUCAACAGGUCAUGAGCCUGGGUCUGGCUGUUCUCGGCAUGCUCUUCCUUCGCUUUGUAAAUUAAUGUUUUAAUAAAUAAGCUAAAAAAUAAAAAUAAAAGCAGCAUUAAUCAUCCUAUAACUUA